GGUGCAAAAUGUUUUCGGUCUGUAGACUGGGGAACCCCUGCUUUGAGGCUGAAUCGGAUAAUUUCUGCAUUUACAUCCCGCAAAAUACAGCAAAAGCGCACUUCUAACAGUGGUGAAAGUUUCAUUUGGUUCGGGGACGGCGACGACUGGGCGCUCCUGUCCGCGGAGGAGGACUUCUCCCUGUCCUCCGCCAUCUCCUCUCUUCUCAGGGAUCUGGACCUGGUGCUGGAUGGGAGCUCCUCUCCGGGCCCCCAGCAGCAGCAGCAGCAGCAACAACAACAACGGGCCCCCCUGAGCUCGAUCGAGAACCUGCCGAGCGACUGGGGGUCCAAGCAGGACGGCCUGCCCUGUCGGGCGGAGAGGCCCGGCGAGGGCCCGGAAGCCUGCAGGGCCCCCGAGCCGGUGUUCGGCAGCUUCGAGAUCAUGAGGUCCAGCUACCUCACCGACGUCGCCUUGGACGACCUCUUCCCGGACAUCGACACCUCCGUCUACGAGCGGGAGGCCGGCGCGCUGGGCGGGCGGACUUUCCCGGUGCCGCCCGGGGACGAACUCCUCAAGUACCUGUCCUCCUGCUCCCCCGCUUCCUCUGCGUUCUCCCCAUCCCCCGCCGUGCGGGACCUGAAUGAGCUGGAGCACAUCAUGGAAAUCCUGGUGGGCUCCUGAGCCCCGGUGUCUUCUCCGUCUCGGCCUGUGGGGAAACUGGGCGAAGGGUUUACAAACUGGUGCUUGCAGGGCUUGUGUGUGUGACUUGUCCCCAACUCGCCUUGAGAAGCGAUGAGUUGGUAAAGUGUACUUUCAAACCUUUCCCUGACAAGGGACUAAAGAGGACAUUUUUGAAGGCUUGGAGGUGUUGAAAGUUUGUGGCGCCUUUAAAGAUAAGUGCGGCUUUUACAGCAGCUCAGCACCGACACGGUAAAGGGCUGACCGAAUCGAUCCUUGCUCCUGUGCCGAGGAUCACGGUUAUUUUGUCUCGUGAAGAGUUUUAUUGGCAGACUGUAAGCCUGCCUAUUUAAGGAAACUGUAUUCUGAAUCUAGCCUAGAUUCCAGUCCUCAACCCUUAAAGACAAGGAAGUGUCUGUGCCAAGCUGCAUAAAUGAGCUCAAGUUUAAUUCUCUGGCCAGGUUAUGCCUCUUGUGAGGGAAGUGUUUGACAAAUGAUUGUUGACUGACAUUGAAAUCUUGUCUUCUGUGAAGAUCCUUUUUAAACAUAUUUAUUGCUAUUAUUAUUAUUAGUUUUUUUAACAUUCUGAAUAACUGAAGACCUCUCAACAAGCAACGCCUUACUGUAACAUGGAACUGAUUUACAAUGACGUCAGCUUCUCCGAAAGGAACUGUCGGCUUUCUCAUCGGCUGGUGCAGAAAUCACAACUACCUCCGUUAACUGGGUUUCCCAUCAGGCUAGGCUGGCAGGGUGCCAGUCCUUCAAGACCCAUUUAGCCUGCCUUUCUGUUUCAGUGAGUUUCUGAAAUAUUUCAUUCAUCCUGGAAGUCAGAAAUAUUCUAAUGUUUUAUGUCUCCGUUAUAUCUACAACUUACCUUAAUGCUACCUCAUCUUCUGCAUGAAACCAUUUCCCCCUGCACAGUGUAGUACAAGAACAAUUGAAAAGGAUGAACUAGUCUAAAAAGUAUUCCUUUGAGAGUCCAAGCGUUUGUGGUAAAGAGUCUAAAUUAUCUCAUUUAUUCUAAAACAUUUUUGCUUCAAUUUUACUGGUAAACCCUUGCCUGUUUUGAAGUAAAAUAAGGCUAAGUUAAUUAAAUAUUGCAAGCCAAUGCUUUGUAAGAGAGGUGAAAUAUUCCUUUGCAAUAAUUUAAACUGUAGUGGAAAAUUUCCACUUUUAACUCUUAUUCAUAAAAGGGACCCAUGGGGUAAUCUUUAACUCUUAUCACAGUCCUGUAAUGUAUGAGAAUCUGAAACUGAAACAUCUGUUUCAAUGCUCAAUGUUGUAUAGAUCAAUGCUUUUAUUACUUUUUUUUUUUACUAUUUAAUGAAGAAAAACCUGAUGGUUAAAAAGCCAUAUUUAUUUGUAGAUAGAUUAAGAUAUUUUGUAAGCCUUUGAGGAAAAAAGUAGAAGGGGUUUUGGUUACCUACAGUUUUUGCAUUGCUUAUUUUUUUGCCCACUAUCACUACAUAGCUUAAAGUGUGCAUGUUAUCUUCAAAUUUCCGAAUUACUGUCUUUUUGUAAUAGCAAAAGUGUACCAAAAGUUCUGAAAUCUGCUAUACCUCUCUUCAGGGUCUUUUGUUCUUGUGUAAAAGCUGUUGUAAACACUCUGUACAUGAAAGACCUGUACAUGAGGGAACUACAAGCCUGGCUUUCCAAAUGAAUGAUCAUUAAGGCUGAGACAAUGCAUGGAUCUGUACGUACACUAUAAUUGGGUCACUUGGUAGCACAUAUUUAUUCUUUAAGAUCACGAAUGUCUUCCUCUGAAUUCAAGUUUUAAAAUCAAACACUGACUGCUGUUGACAUUAAUAUUUUCAGGUGUGCUUCACUUCAGGUGAAGGUGGGGUUCGGUUGUGAGAAAGUUUUCCACAGAAAUUUAAAGGUCACCAAAAAUUUACCUAGUUUUUUAACCUUUUGUACCGUCAGCUGAUUAGUGCAUUGUCUUAGGCUUUGGCCUGGCCAACAAAACAGCUUUCACUAACCCGUAACCAAAAGACUCCCCCUAAAAUCUGUAGUAUUUCAUUAGGUUUCUUAUGGAAGAAGUUGACUGUAAAAAUGACAAAAAGGCACAAUUUGCACAUUCUGCCUUCAAGUGAAAAGUGUACUUUAUUUCUUUGUUCCGGGGCAGUUACUGUUCAGUGUUGACACAUUCAUAAACGGACACAAGUUUUACACUCAUUUUAUGGGGUUUAUAUAUGUUGAAGCAUUGCCUGGUUAUGUUGAAUCACAGUACAAAUUAUGGUUUGAGCAAAGUAUAUUUGAACAUUAGUUUUUUUUUAUCCAUAUAUGUUCAAGAACUAAGAACUUGGUCUUGUUCAUUGUUUUCUUGCACGGUCAUUCAGUAUCUUCUCAUCCAGCUGUCUAAAGGUCUUCUGAUUUUCAAUCUGUAUGAUGUUUGUACAAGAAGGCUGGGGUAUUUAAGCCUGGGCUGUUUAAAGUACAAUGUCCAAGCGCAGCAUUUCAGUCUGGUUCUCUGAAAUCAGUGUUAUUAGUGUAUGAAACCAGUGUUGCUGGAGAAGUACGUUUGUCUGUUGAACGGCUAGAAACUGUCCUUUUUGACCUUUUAUAGAGCCUGGGGUGCACAGUUUCCUGAAGUAUAUUUUAUGCUCCUUGCUCUACAGAGGACAUUGAAAGUCUUGGUGCACUUAAAGUGCAUUUCUGGGCUCAUUGGAUGGCAAUAAUAAGUGCAGUAUUUUUCAUUUUUUAAACUUUGAUUUACAGUAAUACACCUGCAAUUUUGCCUUGUUUCCUUUUAAUCAUGUGAAUGUUUUGUUUCAAAGAAUGUGAGUUUUUAUAUGAUAUGCCUCCUUUGUAUACUCUAGUGCAGUAGCUACAGGUUUACAUAGUUGAAGGACUCAUAACUUAUUUGCCGAGCUCCUCCUAGUGUCUGGAACAGUGUCAUCUCUCAGCUGUUCCCUAAAGGUGUUUUACAGAAAGCCAGGUCUGACUUGAAAAGUGAACUGGCUCCUCUAUUCAAGAAAAUUAUUAAGCAUCUUAAGAAGAUGUUUUAAUUUAAUGUUUAUUUAUUAAAUGUGCAGGCAGACGUAUCUGCAGGCAUUCUUGAGCAGAUGGAAGAAUGCUCACAUGAAAUAGCAAGAAAUUCCACACCAACAAAAGCAUUCAGGUACAUAUUGAGUUGCUCCAUCUAUGCAAACACUAAAAAGUGUCCAAUUCUCUUGUAAUUACUUUUUAUAAAUAAAACAAAUCAACCUAG